CGUUCGUUAGUCCGGGAGGUAGUCGUCAUCCUCGUCAUCCUAAUAUUUAACUCUAACGCAUAUAAUAAAAACAACGAAAUUGAGUGUAUUUCAAUCAACACAUCUAAAUAAAUAAAAUACAAAAAAAAGCGCUAAAACUUUUAUGAAAAAUCUUCAUCCGAAAGACGUAAUUCCUCGUCUAACGUAAUAACGAAAUUCAAGAUGACUCGAGUCUGUUGCACGUGUUCAGCGAUGACGUAAAACAGGUUGAAAAUGCGUCGGUUGGAAGCGACGCAACACCGCCCAGGAGGAGAAGCUGGCAGGGAUUGGACUUCACAUACGUCGUCUAGCCAGCGAAUCGCCUGCCAGAUUGGCUCUGACGUCACGAAAGUGUCUACCAGUUAGAGCUAGCCUGCAACUGCCUGCCUCCUCCGCCAGACGUCGGCUAUAUUACCACCCGCGCGGCCUGCCCUAACUAGUUGUACCCGCUCAGUCACUGCAGUGACAAGCUAACUGAAAGCUUCUCUAGAAAAGUCUUUUGACAAGAACAGUUAUUUUCCUAAGGAUCAGAAGCACCUGACAUUAAAUCGCAUUCCGCAAGUUUUGACUGAAGUUGUAAACCAUCAUAAAAAGAAAAAAACUUUUAGGAAAAGAGUGCCGUGAACUAACAUUCUAAGACUCGCAGUGACAAAGCCAAGCAGACAGGAAAAAAACUCCGCCAAGAACCCAUUUCUCGAAACCUCCCCCCGAAGAAGACCUCCAAAGUGUCUCCCUUGCUGCCUCCCGCCCACCUCCCAGCCAUGUGCUUCACCAACAUGAACGGGCCACACGUAGAGAUCUCGGGCGUUGCGACGCUCUGUUUCGACGAGGAGGGCACGUGGUUCCAAGGGUCCAUCACGGCCGAGGAUGAUGCCCAGUACGCGAUCUAUGGCACCAAGUCGCUCAGGAAGAGGAGUGGCACAGACGCCUGUGCGUGCCCCGGCCUCGACGCAGGCCCCGGCGUUCCCGUGACCUUCGACAUCCGCGUGGUGGACUGCGAGGUGGGCGAGGAGUACAGCCUGAAGCGCGUCCACGGGCGCAAUGGCGAGCUGUGCACCUUCGCCUGCUCGGCCAUCAGCUUCACGACGGAGAAGGUGUACCGCGGGCAGAAGGCCGACAUGAUUGCUCAGCGGUGUUUGGGGCACAAGAUGGCCGGCUCUCGCAACCACGUGUACAAGGGCCCCAUCAGGCUCCACUGCAUGCCCGUGCGCCGCAACAUGCACUGGGUCUUAUGAGCGGUCGGCCUUCCCUCGGCGAAGUGCCUCUGCGCCUUCUAGGGUCGUCGUGAACCCACUAACGGGACCAAGCGAUCUGCAGCGUCAACGGCAGAUGGCUCUUCGAUGUCGAGCAGGUUGAGGAAACCGCCUGCUCGGAUCUUCCAGGAAAUGCAGGCCGAGGUUUAAGCCUUCCACAAUAGAGGUCUAACUGUGAGAUUUGUCUGGCUGUCUGGAAAGAUCGCACGCAUUAAGCCUCGCUAGAAGGUCAUUACCGCAGCUCCUUGUUCAACGAAGGCCACUGCCAUUUCCCUCACAAACACGUGUCAAAGCCCCUUUCCCUCCUGCCACAAGAACAUGAUGGAGAGAAGCAACCUGCGCUUCUUACCACUGAACUAUCCUCCACCCGUACAGUUUCUCUCGCAUCUUCAAGACCUUUAAGAAGGGACGUUUCCUUGACUCUUGAAACCAUGAUUUCUUUAUAGGGUGUGAGCGAAUGUGUGUUGCAUUGUGUAUGCACUUCUUAACACUGAUUUAGACGGGUUAAAAGUGGUUUUAUCCAGGGUAGGAGGGGUGGGGAAGGGGAAGCUGUAUUUCUUACCCAUAACUGAUCGCGUCGGUUAUGUAAGAUAGUCUGUUAGUAGUAUGUAAGGUAAGAUGAUAUAUCUAAUAAUUGUCAAAUAUAUACUAAGAAUGGUUUAUUUCUUUAAACUUUAAUAAAAAGUAUCUAAUGUUUGAUGUUUUACUCCCAUGUAAAUAAAAGGGAAAUUUAUGACCAAUCAUACUUUUAGGCUAAACAAUAAUAAUGGUUUUAAUACCUUUUCACUAGUGUUUUUAAAUCAAAUUCGGAAUAGUCUUCACAAAGAAAAAUUAUGCAAUGUAAAUAAUUAGCCUCAAAGUUCAUUAGAAAACCUUUCUAGAUUUUACAUAGUAAGUGGUUCUGAUGAUUGAAGAGAUAUUAAAACACAGCUGAGUACUUUUUGAACGUAUACCAAAUUAAAAUGGAAAUAUAUCUUCUUUUAUUGUAUCUAGUAAUGAUAAAACAAGAUUGGUGAGCAAACAGUACAUCCUCUCAAAGUACUGACAGACUACAAACAGACUCUAACAUACAUGAAAAGCAGAAAAGUAUCAUGGCCAUACAAAUAAGCAAUAACAAUAACUGCAUAAUUCCCCAAAAUUAAAAUGUACAAGUUGAUCAGAAUGUAUAAAUAAGCACAAAUCAACAACUGUUUGGCUAAUCUUGCACUUCCAAUUAAGUGGGUUGGUGACUGUGUAACAAACUGACUGACAACCCUGUGUAUUUUGUAUGGAAGAUUAAUUUCUACAUUUAUAAAUACUGAAAUGAUGAUUUAGAUAUGUAUAUAUUGUAAAACACGUAUUUGUACCAUUUCUUUGGUUUAACAUACCAAUAAAAAUACUUUAAGUAA